UAUGACAAUAUAUUGCUUGUGUUUUGUUCAGAAGCUGUUAACAGUGUUGAAGAAACAGCUGUUCAUUGUUUGGAUUUAACCACUAAGAUCUGGACAAGACUUGCCCAUCUUGACGGGCCAGCCAAACAUUUGAUCAGUUUUCAAGAUGGUGAGAACAACUACAUCAUACAAAGAAAUGGGAAUGUGUGGAGAUUCGUAGAUGCCCAAGAUAAACUCGUGUCAUUUCAUUUUAUUGGAAAACUAUGGACAGCCGAUAGAAUUUUAUAUGGCGCUGUGCUCUUCAAAAAUCAGCUAACGUUACUCGGAGACAACCCAAAAGACUAUCCUAAUGAUGCAAUAUUUGUUCUAAAUGACUUCCCAUAUUCAAUAAAACUUCGUGGUCUAAGCGGGACUUGCUCUAAUUUCCUCCCUGUGAUUUUAGUCAAGCGUGGUCUCACUCCCGUAAAGGAAUAGACACGGGUGAAGAAAUCGGUUAAGAGUCAAUCCGUUUUAAAGAUGUUGCGAUCAAAAACAUCAUACUCGACAAUUGGAA